AUGGGUAAAAGGAAGAUUAAUAUUUUGUGCCUACGAGAAACUAAAUAUGUUGGAGAGAAGGCCUUCGAAUUUACUAAUGGAUUUAAACUUUGGUAUACGGAAAAGGUAGGCACAGGGAAUGGAGUUGGUAUUAUCAUUGAUAAUGAAUGGAAACAGAAUAUGGUGGAAGUCAAAAGGAUAGAAGACAUAAUCAUUUCUCUAAGAAUAAUUGUGGGGAGGGAUACUAUCAAUAUUAUUAGUGCUUAUGCGCAUCAAGUAGGAGGGGAAGACCAUCUUAAGGAGAGAUUUUGGACAGAUAUGGAGGGUUUGAUUCAGAGUAUACCAACCAUGGAAAAGAUUUUUAUUGGCGGUGACCUUAAUGGACAUGUUGGUAAAGACACAGGACAAUAUGCUAGGGCUCACAGUGGUAUGGGUUUUGGAGUGCUUAAUAAUGAAGGGCAAACUAUUAUUGAUUUCUCCCUCAUGUACAACCUCAAGAUUGUUAACACUUGUUUUAAGAAGUCGGAUGAGCAUUUAAUCACUUAUAAGAGUGGAACCCAUAGGUUGCAAAUUGAUUUCUUUCAGGAAAGGUAUCAUGUAGCUAAAAAAGAGACUAGGAGAGCAGUGGGAGAAGCUCGUGCUAAAGCGUUUGAGGAGUUCUAUAAGGAUCUAGGGACUAAGGUUGGGGAACGCAAGAUCUACAAGAUCACGAAGAAUAAAGAAAGAAAAACAAGAGAUUUAGACCAAGGGCAUGCUAAAUCUGUGCUCGCAGACUACUGGGGAGUCACCGAGAAGAGGAGUGCCGAGUAG